CAUUUUCAAAACAUUGAAGCGUCAAAGUGAAAAUGGUUAAAAACUGUUGGAUGAAUCUAACUCCUUUUCAACUAGCAUGCGUUCUAAUCCUGAUAGUAGCGAUACCUUUUUUCAUAGCAAUGUUAGCCAUUUACUUGAUGUAUGGCGUAGUAUGGCACAAAUCUGAGGAAUGUCAAAACUUAUGUUGUUCUUUGGAGUCAAGCACACGCCUACCACCACAGGAAAAGUCCGAAAUAGCGUCACCAUCAAAAGAAAGGCUUCCAAUACGAGGACCAUCGCAAACACAGCCCACAAAAGCCCCAGUACCAAAAACGACCAAAACGGCAAAACAAGAAAAAGGACAAAACGGUCAAGGACCCCCAUCACCAACGCAACCAGUGCCAGUUACAACGGUACCAGAAGAAGAUGACCCGCGAUCAGAUGAGAAAUCAGAGGAAUCGGAAACAGAGGAAACGGAAUCAGAGGAAUCGGAAACAGAGGAAACGGAAUCAGAGGAACCGGAACCAGACGAAACGGAAUCAGAGGAACCGGAAUCAGGCGAACAGGAAUCAAGGAAACGUCAUGUUUGGAAAUCGGAAAAAACGGGAGGACAGCAAUUCGGACCAAGUACUAAUCGCCCAUCAUCCGCGCGGCGCGAGAGGCGAGAAGAUAUAAAAGGACAGAGAGCAAAAGGAAACCCUGCAAAAGAAACCCCAUCACAUAUGCACACAACAACCGAAGAAGCAGAAACGCAAAUUCCGCAGUUAUUCUGUCCAUCAAAACUAAGCAACAGACUGCAAGAACAAGCAAAGCAAGAGACCAACAGUGGAAAGCAAGGUUUUUUGGAACCUUCAGUAAAUGAUAACACCAAAGUACCAAAUGUUCCUGUAGCAGCUCUUCUGGACAAGCUACAUGUAGACGACACAAGCUAUUAUUUCAAAUGCACUGCUGUCGUUAUUUCAGAUGGUUGGGCUCUGAGUGUUAGUAAAUGUGCCAAAACAGGCAUUUCUGCAAUCAGAUUCGGGUCGAGGUAUUGGUCUCAAGGUGGGAUUUUCAGAGAAGUUAGAGAAGUUUUGCAUCCGAAAGGAACAAAUUCGUUGGCGCUCGUCGGUUUUAUGAGAAGUGGUGUUGUUGGAGCUUCAGUCGGACGAUUCUGGGAAACUAAGAAGGUGCUAAGUUACAACUGGAGAAGCAAGUUACAUUUGCCUUUAGCUGAACGAAAGAAGUAUGAACCUCUUGAAAUUUCUGAGAUGGAGCCGCGAAAAAAUGUUAGUUGUUCUAAUUCCAAGAAAAAACAAGUUUUCUGUUAUGUGAUCGACAAGAGUGACUGUGACCGUGAUGUGAAUGCGCCUAUGUUCAGCGAAAAUCUGCAGUUGGUAGGGUUUCACUUGAAAACGUUGUGCCCAGAAAAUACUAAUAGUUCUAUUGUAGUUUAUGUUAAUAUCUAG